CCUGCCCUUGCUGCCGCUCGGGCAGAGAAGAAUACCAGCAUGGUGAAAGAUGCUACUACCUGUUGGCACCGUGGAACCCUAGGAGGGGGACUGAGGGAGAGAGGGCGGAUGGUGCGGCUGACGCCGCGCCCAGCGCGCGGGGCGAUGAGGGGCAACUCCUGUGGUUGCGCUGCUGGUGGUGGAUGAGCAGGUGGCUUUGGUAAUCAACCUUCAAUCCUCUUCGUCAUUUCAUCUGUUUAACUUUUGGUUGGGGAUUUGGGAUUCCGCUGAAGGACUUGGUUAAAACACUAGUACCAGUUAUAAAUAUUUGAAAAUGGAGGGAGUAUUAUGAUCUCACUUGAUUUCAACUAUUUGUGUUGCAACUGUGCCUGAUUCCGAACUUAUUAAAUUGUAUUGGUCGUCGAUGCGGUGAAUCUGCUGCGCAGAACAAUUAACUGGCACCUGCAGCUGAGCUGGGUCUGUGUGCACCCCGAGGCGACAUUUUAGUAAAUCCUCAACUGGUUGCAUGUAGGAUCGCCAAGGGAAUAUGAUACUAGAUUAGGUUGCUCUGGGUGUGCAUUAUUUUUUUUGUUUGGUGUAGAUAAACCCCAGAUCCAGCUGACGAGCUUAAGCGCGUGGUUCGUCAUGGCUUGCUGGGUUUGUCUGUUGCUCUGUAAAUUAGUAGCUUCCCAAGCCUAAGUCUCAACCGCCAGGUUGUAUGUAUAGUGGGCAUGUAUCCUAAGCAAGUAAGCAACCGAAUAGCUGCAGCAAAAUAUAUUGUCGAUUGUUUGACUUCGUUACUAACAAAAAGGAGCUUGCGAGGAAAUUCCGUUAGCACCCAGGGGCCAGGGCCCUGUGUAUAUACGAGGAGCUGAGGAUGGAACCUAGCUAUGGUAGCUGUGCAAAUGUGUUCCAUUGUUACUCAUUCAGCCAGAAUACAUGGCGGCAAGGCACAAUCCACACACAAUGGAACAUCGACUGCUCAAAGCUGUUGCCACAGGCGACGCGAACCUAUUAGGACAAGUUCUGGGCUCGCAGUCCUCAGCAAGAGCCGAGCAGGGAGAAGAAAGCUGCCUAAAAGGCGUCACCGCAGAGGGCAGCUCGGCUCUCCACAUUGCAGCCAGCUGCGGGUACCUGAAGCUUGUCAAGAUGGUCUGCGCUCAGGACAUCUCGCUUAUUAAGGCAAGGAACAAUAUGCUUGAUACACCUCUGAUCUGUGCCGCGAGGGCUGGGCAUGUGGAUGUGGCCGAUUACCUCAUGGAGUGUGCUAUGAUUAUGAACGAGCAAGAAGGUUUGAGGGCGAGGAAUUUGGAUGGGGAGACUGCGAUGCAUGAAGCGGUCAGGAAUGGCCAUUUGCCCAUCUUGCAGGGACUCAUGUCGAGGGAUAGAGGGCUGGCUGCAGUAGUAGAUGAGAAUGGCGUGUCUCCUCUUUAUUUGGCGGUUGCGUCCAAUCGAUUUGACAUGGUCAAAGUCUUGAUUGGAGAACCUUUGAAUGAUGUUAGCUACUCCGGGCCAGAUGGACAAACUGCAUUGCAUGCUGCGGUCUAUGUCAGCAGAGAAAUAAGUGAGUCCCUGCAAUGUUGGAAAGAAACACUUGCAAGAGAGGUUGACGGUUAUGGAAGAACAGCCCUUCACUAUGCAGCAUUAGCUAAAAAUCUUGGACCAGUGAAACUUUUAUUAGCAAACAGCUCGCUUGCAUUUGUUCCAGAUAAUGAGGGUCUAUAUCCUGUGCACAUCGCUGCUAUAGCGGGCAAUGUCAAUGUUGUCUGCAAGUUCAUGGAAAUAUGCCUGAACUACGAUGAGUUGCUUGACAACAAACGUAAAAAUAUUCUACAUUGUGCCGUUGAACACGGCAGGGUUCAGGUGGUGCGGCACAUCUGCAGAAGCCCAAAGUUUGUGAUGAUGAUGAAUGCAAGGGAUGGUGAAGGAAACACACCACUACAUCUGGCUGUAAAGCAUGGGCACACAAUAAUCUUCUCCUUUCUUAUGAUGGAUGCUAGGGUGAACCUCAACAUUAUGAACAAUGAAGGAUUAACACCUCUAGAUAUUGCCUUAAGUAAGAUACACACUGAUUAUACAUUUUCGUCGUUCACGAACACUUCUAUCAUCACAUGCUUAACCCUUUGUGAAGCUUCAGGCAGCCCAUGGCACCAGGCUAAAAAUCUAUCAGAUAAGUGGUGCUCAGAAGGAAAAAAGGAACCAGGCAGUUACGCUAAUGUGUCCCAGAGCAUUUUAUACAUCUCUGUAUUUAUCGUAGUUGGCUCACUCGCUGCUGCUUGUACUCCACCGGGGGGCUACAUCGCAGAAGGCAAUGAUGCUGGUAAGCCAGUAUUUGGAGGGAGAACUGGUUUCUGGAUAUUUGUGAUUGCAAACAGCAUAUCGUUCUAUCUCUCCACAGCAACGAUAUUUCUGUUUGUGUUUGCCAGACUAACAAGGCAUCGCCGGUUUUACCUCAUUUUGUCUGCUGCACUGGUGUUUGGAGCAGUUCUGUCCAUGGUAACGGCAUUUGCGACAGUAGUAGGGCUAACAUUAGACCCUGCAAACAGCUGGGAUGAGUCUAUUCUUAUUUGGCUGCUGUCAAAUUUAGCAUUUCCGAUAUGUCUGCGGGUCGCAAUGCAGUUGUGGAUGAGUAAACACCGCUGGCAGGACAUAUCUAAAGUAGUAGCUCAAGCCAUCCUGCUAAUUUAUGUGGUCCGAGCUUUGAUCAUCACCAUGCAAUCCCUGGUUAAAAGCAUUCUGCCUGGGAGACAAGAACCCUGCAGCUGGCCUGGAUGUGUGAUACAAGGUGAUGUGCUUUUCUCAUACCCUACUUGAGGUUUGUACAAUCUGCAGAUCUGUGAAAUUGUGCUGGGCAUUUUGCUUUCCUCAGCUAGAGUUAUUGGGUCUGUCAGAAAGAUCUCUUCAAUAAUAUCAUCUGUAUAAGUGAUGUUGAACUGACAGACAGCAUGCAAAAACAGCUCGGUAGUUCCUUUGUAACAAUUUGUUUUUCAUCUCGUAUUGAUGUAUUAAAACUGCCUGAUGGUGUAAUGGAUGCAAUGUUGCACUUAUUUCCCAGGCAACAAGUUUGGGGUCAAGUUUA